GAAAUACCAUUAGACUUAUUAUAACAAAUUAAGUGUUGAAGUUGAACUUUUACUAUAUUUCGUUAAUUUUUCUAUCCAAACUCCUGAAACUAAUGCGUGCAAUGGCCUAAGACGGCUACUAUUAUGGAUAUAUUCGAGGUUAAACUCUCUCAUUACCUUUAAACUUUACAGUGGUUCAACAGGACAGAAAAUUUCAUAUAAAGGAAAUGGUUAUAUAUAUCAUCAUUAGUAUGGUGACCCUCUGUUUGACAGACAGGGCAUGCGCAAAGACGAUUCAGUAUUGUGUUAUGCUUGAUGCUGGAAGUUCUGGUACAACAGUUAUAGUGUAUUCAUGGCCCGAGCGUAGAUCCACUUCAUCAACAUUCAACAUUACUGAAGAAUUCUCCCAAAAAAUAAAACCAUCAUUGAGUUCAUUUAAGGAUGACUUAAAUUCAGUUUCGCAGUAUAUUCUAAAUAUGACCUCAAUUGCUGAAUCAAAAGUGCCGUCUUAUUCUCAUAACAGAAGUCAUGUUUACCUCUUUGCAACUGCAGGUCUUCGGUUUUUAGAAGAAGAAAAAGCCAUAAAUUUAAUGAACACUGUACGAAGUGUGUUGUCUGAUAAAAGAAGUCACAAAUUCAAAUACAGCGAAAGAAGCGUCCGAAUUAUCUCUGGUGAGGAGGAAGGUGUGUUCGCCUGGAUUACUGCUAAUUAUCAUAAUGGAUUUCUCGCCUCUAAUCAAUCUCUGUCGAAGGGUGUCGGUGUGCUAGAAAUGGGAGGCGGAUCCACACAAAUCACCUUUCUACCAGACGGACCUCUCUUAGCUCACAUGUUUACACUCCGAAUAGCAGGACGAAUAUACAAUCUCUACUCACACAGUUAUUUAAAUUUUGGAAUGAAUUAUAUGCAUCAAAGAAUUGACGAAUACCUUAUCGAACACAAUCCACGGGAGACAGAUAUUCUAAAUCCGUGUACACUGAUAAAUGAUAGUUACACAUACGACACUGGAGAUAAAACAGUGACAUUCCGGGGAUCUGGUUCUCCCUCUGAGUGUUUCAGUAUUAUAUCUAGUUUUCUCAAGGAGGCUCACGACACUUGUUACCCAAAGCCGUGUGCAAUAGGUUCUAUCUAUCAACCUUCUGUGGGUUCCGACAAAUUUUACGCCAUAGCUGUUUAUGCCUACGUCACUACUGAUCUUAACGCUACAGACUCUUCAGGAAGACUUCAUAUCGAUAAACUAAACAAAACGGCACAUAUAUAUUGUACUAAGACUAUAGAAUAUGCAGUCUCAGUUUAUAAAAUACGUAGAGAGUACGCAUCUCGUCGGUGCAUGAUGGGGCUGUACAUUACAGAGUUACUGACUUUCUCUUACGGAUUUCCGGUCAACACCGACAGAAUUUACUCUUCACUGAAGAUCAAUGGGAAGUCACUAGACUGGACAUUUGGAGCAGUGCUAUAUGAGAACGAACUAUUGGCCGAUAAUUAUCCCUGUCCUCCCAUUUCAUCCUCCAUCAGUGCAGGUGUACCACAAGUCAACAAGCUUGAUUUACUAGAAUGGCUCCUUAUCCUUUGUUUUCUUUUAUAUACUUGAAUAACUGAAAAAAUUAUGAUCAGCCAUCAGAUUUAUAAUAUUUAUUAUAUGUCAAAUUUCCACAGAAAAUUAACGAUGUUUUCAAGGAGUUGGCAUUUAUCUAAUACAAUAA